CUCCCCGGAGUCCCACGCAACUCCUGCAAAGUGACUCCCGGUCCCCUCCGGCCCGGGACGCAGCUGCUCGGCUGCAGCCCGGGAACAGGUGCCCCGGCGGCGGGCGCCGGGCACCCAGAGUUCAGGGGAGCCCCCCACCUCCAGGAGCUGCCGAUGGAAGCAGUUGACCCAGAACUCACUUUCAGGAAACAACUUCCUUCACAAUGGUAAAAGUAACGAAAUGAGGGAUUUGCACGUUUUUAAUCUCUGGUUGAGAGUCUUCUGAUGAUGAAAGGAGCGGUAAGAGUAGCCCAAACCAUGUGGUAAAAUCAUCGGGAGUCUGAAGAAAAUGGAAAUGUCCCCGUUUCUGUUGACAUGCCUUUUCCUACCCCUCGUUCGGGGGCACAGCCUUUUCACCUGUGAGCCAAUCACUGUUCCCAGAUGUGUGAAAAUGGCCUACAACAUGACGUUUUUCCCUAACCUCAUGGGCCAUUAUGACCAGGGCAUUGCUGCUGUGCAAAUGGAGCACUUUCUGCCUCUUGCAAAUCUGGAAUGUUCACCAAACAUUGAAACAUUCCUUUGCCAAGCUUUCGUACCAACCUGCACAGAGCAAAUCCAUGUGCUUCCACCUUGUCGUAAAUUGUGUGAGAAAGUAUAUUCUGAUUGCAAAAAAUUAAUGGACACUUUUGGGAUCCGAUGGCCUGAAGAACUUGAAUGUAACAGGUUGCCGUACUGUGAUGACACUGUUCCUGUAACUCCUGAUCCACACACAGAGCUUUUUGGUCCUCAGAGGAAAACAGAACAAGUCCCAAGAGACAUUGGAUUUUGGUGUCCAAAGCACCUAAGGACUUCUGGGGACCAAGGCUAUAGGUUUCUGGGCAUUGGCCAGUGUGCCCCUCCAUGCCCCAACAUGUAUUUUAAAAGUGAUGAACUGGACUUUGCCAAAAGUUUUGUAGGAAUAGUUUCAAUAUUUUGCCUUUGUGCAACUCUGUUCACGUUUCUUACUUUUUUAAUUGAUGUGAGGAGAUUCAGAUACCCAGAGCGACCGAUUAUAUACUAUUCUGUCUGCUACAGCGUUGUCUCCCUCAUGUACUUUGUAGGCUUUUUGCUGGGCACCAGCGCAGCUUGUGACGAGGCAGACGGGAAGCUGGGGCUGGGGGCCACGGUUGUCCUAGGGUCAAAGAGUAAGGCUUGCAGUGUGGUGUUCAUGUUUCUGUACUUUUUCACAAUGGCCGGCACUGUGUGGUGGGUAAUUCUCACCAUUACGUGGUUCUUAGCCGCAGGAAGAAAAUGGAGCUGUGAAGCCAUUGAACAAAAAGCAGUGUGGUUCCACGCUGUCGCCUGGGGGGUGCCUGGCUUCCUGACUGUCAUGCUGCUCGCUAUGAACAAAGUCGAGGGGGACAACAUUAGUGGGGUGUGCUUCGUCGGCCUUUACGACCUGGAUGCCUCUCGCUACUUCGUCCUUUUGCCUCUCUGCCUCUGUGUGUUUGUUGGGCUGUCACUCCUUUUAGCCGGCAUCAUCUCCUUAAAUCAUGUCCGGCAAGUCAUACAGCACGACGGCCGAAACCAAGAGAAACUAAAGAAAUUUAUGAUUCGCAUUGGAGUCUUCAGUGGCCUCUAUCUUGUGCCGUUAGUGACACUGCUCGGAUGCUAUGUCUAUGAGCUAGUGAACAGGACCGCCUGGGAGAUAACUUGGUUCUCCGAGCACUGCCAGCAGUACCGCAUCCCGUGCCCUUACCAGGCAAACCCAAAAGCUCGACCAGAAUUGGCUUUAUUUAUGAUAAAAUAUCUGAUGACAUUAAUUGUUGGUAUCUCUGCGGUCUUCUGGGUUGGAAGCAAAAAGACGUGCACAGAAUGGGCCGGGUUCUUUAAACGAAACCGCAAGCGAGAUCCCAUCAGUGAAAGCCGAAGAGUGCUGCAAGAGUCCUGUGAGUUUUUCUUGAAGCACAAUUCGAAAGUCAAACACAAGAAGAAGCACAGCAAGCCAGCUCCUCAUAAGCUGAAGGUCAUUUCCAAGUCCAUGGGAACCAGCACAGGAGCCACCGCAGGGCACGGCACCUCUGCCGUAGCCAUUGCUGACCAUGAUUACCUAGGGCAAGAAACUUCAACAGAAAUCCAGACCUCUCCAGAAGCAUCCGUGAAAGAGGUGAGAGCAGACAGAGCUAACACGCCCAGAGCAAAGGACCAGGACUGUGGAGAACCCGCUUCCCCAGCAGCACCCGACUCCAAGCACUCUGGGGAGCAGAACGGCAGGAAGAGCCGAGCAGGCAGUAUGAAGGAAAAAAGCAGUGUAUCCGAAGGGGCGCCCAGUGAAGGAAGGGUAAGUCCAAAGAGUGGCAUCUCUGAAACUGGCCCCAUGAAGUGCAACAAUUUGCAGGUGCCCAGUUCUCCAGAGCCCAGCAGCCUCAAAGGCUCCACGUCUCUGCUUGUUCACUCUGCCUCCGGAGCCAGAAAAGAGCAGGGUGCCGGCAGUCCCUCAGACACUUGACGACACUGUAUCCCGUUACGCUGGAAGCGCAUGUGUAUUACACUGGAGGUGAUCAAUGUAUUUGUCUUAUUAAAAAAAAA